AUGAAAAUUGGCCAGAGCAAUGCCUUAAAGCCGAAGGUGUUCGUAGGGCAUUCGAAUGGGACCCCCUAUGACAUCUUUGCUACUGCCACCGCAGCGAAGGAUAGGGGACUGGCUAGCACAACUUCGUCGCCUUAUGGAUUGAACAUACAAUCCAAUGGUCAGGAAUCUCAACAAUCUUAUGAGAUUGUGGGAACUGCCAUUGAUAUCAAAGACCCGCACGGGUAUCAUGUACAAGCCCUUAACCCACCAAAGGAUGAUUGCCAGGGUCGAUUUUACGAUACACGAUAUCUGGCCUCUGGGUUGUAUCCUCCUCGGGAAGCUCAUAUGGAAACAACAGAAGUAGAACUCCUCCACGAUGAAGAAGGUCUUCAGCAAAGAACAGCUUCAUCCACGAGGGGAAAGUAUUUGGAGGAUAUAGGGACGAUGGAAUCAAAGCCUGCCUUGCUCCCAAAAGAUAACAGCCAAGAGAAGCUUUGUAAUGAAGGACAUCAAAAAUAUUCGACCUUUUCAGAUGACAAGGUCAAAGACAAGACUUCGAAUUCAAAAAGAAGGGCCGAUGACACCAAGGCACCUCAUAAAAGGAGUCGUACCUCCGUGACAACCGAUACCGAUAAGAGGCUUGAGACAUUUGCGUGUCCCUACUACAGAAAGGAACCCGAACGCUAUCUUGAUUGUCUUAACCUGAAGAUGCUUCGAAUAUCAGAUGUCAAGCAACAUUUGAAAAGGCGGCAUACCUUCAAUUACUCGUGCACCAGAUGCUUCGAGGGCUUCGUAUCAUCGAAUACAUAUGAGGAGCAUGUACUAUUAAAGUCUUGUCCGAUUACUGAGUGCAAUAACAACUAUGGCGUUUCACCUGUUGCGCAACAAGCACUCAAGGACCGCGUUGAUAGAAGUUCCUCUCCUGAACGACAGUGGCAUGAAAUAUCUAGGAUACUAUUUGGGAAGCUCGGGCUUUCGCUGAAUCCCUAUCAAGAUGGUGUUUUCAAGGAGAUAACAGGAAUCAUCCGCGGGAUAUGGAAGAGCGAAGAGCAGGGUAUUAUCUCUAGUUUGAGGGAAACACAGAAUGUACCUUGCGCUACUCAAUUGCGCCCGCUGCUGUUCGAAAUCCUUGCGAAAGUCGAAGAUUGCUUUGAACAAAAAGAGAAGAAGUCUCCUGAAAGAAAUCCGGCUGAGAGAUCUGAGAGCAUUGAAUAUACGGCGACAAAACUAAGAGACGAAGGAAAGUCGGAGCAUGAUUGCAAGCCUCCGGGGUUCAGCACUAUCAAGAACAACAAUGAUUCUUAUAACCCAAUGCAAGACUGGCCUUAUUCAGCCAGUCUCGACACAUCCAAUAGCAUCUUCAACUACAGUAUGCUCCCUGAUUAUCAGAAUCAGCAGGUUGGAUGCCCGUUUAUGAAUCUCUCAGUGCACCAUCCUGAAGAUGAAACAAAUUGGCAUUCUAUAGGCCCAAAUUCCAUUACUUCAAUGGAGAAUGUUGUGGCACAUCAAGCUUCUAUGGAGAACUUUGCGUUCACAGAAGACGAUCUCCAUUCAGCUCAGAUGCCUGACAUGUUUGACUAA